AUGGGAGGGAUCUGCCAGUCGGAGGCGGGUGGGCUCCGCGUGCCGCAGGACGAGCAGGGCUCGUGGUUGGCCGCGGGUUCGCACGGCUCCGCCGCCCACGCGGGCGGCAAAGCGUUCGGCGCGGCCGGGCAGGCAGGCGCGGUGCCGCCCCUGUCCCCGCGCGGGCUGCCCCCUCCGCCCACGCGCGUGCGGCACGGCUCGCACUUCGCCCCGGAGCCCUUCGGCUUCCACCCGAAGGUCUGGGACGCCCGGCGCUCCGAGGAGGAAAAGGCCACGCCCCGCGGGCCCCACGCUGGCGGCUUCCCCGGCGCCGAGUCUUACACGCUGAGACUGCUCGUCCUGCCACUGGGUGGGCUCGGCGCGGCGGGCGCCAUGACGGUGCUCAACACGGUGUGGGAGCUUGAGGCCGCGCCGGUGUGCCUCUUCUUCUCGGACGUCCUGAACGACCCCAAGCCCGAGCCGUGGACCGUUUGGGCUCUGCGCUGGGUUCUCUGCUUCACGGCGAUCUCGAGUACCGUCGAAUUCAAGCGCACCUACUUGCCGCGUCAGGUGCAUUGGGUCCUCUUGUUUCAGUGGCUGACCUUUCUGGUAGCGAUGCUGACAGGAUUCCGCCAGAUCGACCCACCACAGGUGAUCUACGCCUGCAUGUACAAGGUGCAUCAAAUCAUGGCUAUGCUUAUGUUCAUCGAGCUUUGGUUGGAGACUGUCAUGCUAUGGUGUCCUAGCCCGCUCCUGCACGCGAUAUUCAUGGUCACUGUGCCUAUCAACGUGAUUACCUUUGCGAUCUCGGGCAAAGUGAAUAUGUGGACGGGCAUCCCGUACGUUUAUGGGCACCCGGAAAUAAUCUUGGAGUGGUUCAUCAUCCUCGCGCACUUUGUCAUCGUGUGGAUUCGUUUUCCGGCCGUGAGCACAGCAAUAGCACAUGGGACUUGGAGACCUUGGUUGUGCUGCUUCGCGGGCUUGUGCCCAGGCCUCGCGACCCAGCACGAGCAGGUGCAGUGCGGCUGCCCCCCCGGCCUGGGCGGGACGCUCGGCGAGGCGGCCUUGCUGCAGGCGAGCGCGCAGGCGAGCCACGCUGUGCCCGCGCAGCGCCCGGAGCCGCCCCGGUGGCCUCCUGCGCAGGGUCGCUAG